AUGCAAAGUCCAAAAAAAAAAAAUCCCCUAUUAGCUAGUCGUUCAUCUCUCUCUCUCUCUCUCUCUCUCUCUCAGAGCUAUGGCGUCGAGUCUGAUGAAAACCCUAAUCCGAUCUUCGAAAUUGGCUCUGGGUACCAGAAAUCUCAGCCUUGUCCCCAAUCAAGUCGGCAACCACACGGCCAAAUGGAUGCAGGACACUAGUAUGAAAUCUCCAAUGGAGUUGAUCAACGAAGUUCCACCGAUCAAGGUUGAAGGCAGAAUUGUUGCUUGUGAAGGAGACAAUGAUCCGGCACUCGGGCACCCAAUUGAGUUCAUCUGCCUCGACUUGAAGGAGCCAGCUGUCUGCAAGUAUUGUGGCCUUCGCUAUGUUCAGGAUCAUCAUCACUAGGCUUUUGGGAUGACUACCGCGAACCAUGUUCAUCCUUGUAUCUUUGUUGAAGCCGUUUUCAAGGCAAAAUCAAUAUGAAGUGAUGAUACUUUUACUUGUGUCUAAAUUGGCGGAAUAAGGAUUAGUACAUGCCUCUACUCUUCAUGUUAUUCUUAAGUUUUCAAUGGAUACAAUUCAUUCCUCUUUCAAAAACUUAUUUGUCCAUUUUAUAUAAUGUUUGGAUAUCUGGAUAUAACUCGCCGGCGAUGCUUAUUCGCUGCUUUAAAUAAGCGAUCGUAAGACUUUUAACGAA